AUGGCUCGACUGUUUCUUUUCAAGUCCAAUGCUAUGGCUCCCAUUGUCAAAAAUCUCUCAAAUGUUCUAUUCAUCUUCAUCUUCAUUUUUUUCUUGCCCUCGUCUCUCUCCAUUAUCCUAAAAUAUCCGGCAAUCAUCAACUUGGGGGACUCCAAUUCCGACACGGGAAAUCUCAUCUCUGCUGGGAUUGAAAAUGUUAAUCCUCCUUAUGGCCAGACUUACUUCAAGCUUCCCUCAGGAAGAUAUUGCGACGGCCGUCUCAUAGUAGAUUUUCUAUUGGAUGCAAUGGAGAUGCCAUUUCUAAAUCCAUAUUUGGAUUCAUUAGGAUUACCAAAUUUCAAAAAAGGGUGUAACUUUGCAGCAGCAGGAUCCACCAUUCUUCCUGCAAACCCGACCUCGGUCUCUCCCUUCUCUUUUAAUCUUCAAAUAUCUCAAUUUAUCCGGUUCAAAUCUAGGGCUCUUGAACUACUUGCUAAAACAGGAAAGAAAUAUGAAAAGUAUUUACCACCGGUUGAUUAUUAUUCAAAAGGGCUAUACAUGAUUGAUAUAGGCCAAAAUGAUAUAGCUGGUGCCUUCUACUCCAAGACCUUUGACCAAGUUCUUGCCUCUAUCCCUUCAAUUCUUGAAACUUUUGAAGCUGGACUUAAGAGGUUGUAUGAAGAAGGAGGUAGAAACUUUUGGAUACACAACACAGGGCCUUUAGGAUGUUUGGCUCAAAAUAUUGCUAAAUUUGGGACAGAUCCAACAAAACUUGAUGAGUUUGGAUGUGUUAGUGCCCAUAACCAAGCAGCCAGACUCUUCAAUCUUCAACUCCAUGCUCUCUCAAACAAAUUCCAAGCCCAAUUCCCUGAUACAAAUGUUACUUACGUCGAUAUCUUCUCUAUCAAAUCCAAUCUCAUCGCUAAUUAUUCUCGUUUCGGUUUCGAAAACCCAAUAAUGGUAUGUUGUGGAGUUGGAGGGGCGCCGCUAAAUUACGAUAGUCGCAUUUUGUGUGGCCAAACUAAAGUCUUAGAUGGGACAUCAGUAACGACCAGAGCUUGCAACGAUAGCUCCGAGUACAUAAAUUGGGAUGGAAUUCACUAUACCGAAGCCGCGAACCAGUUUGUUUCAAAUCAAAUCUUAACCGGGAAGUAUUGCGAUCCACCGUUUUCAGAUCAAAUGCCAUAUCUACUAAACUUAAAAUUCUAA